AUGAACUGGGCAAUGACAGAACUGGUUAAAAGUCCAAAAGCGAUGAAGAAAGUUCAAGAUGAGAUCAGAAAUUAUGUGGGAUCAAAAGGGAAGGUAGAAGAAUCAGACCUUGAUAAUUUCCCAUACUUAAGAAUGGUAGUUAAAGAAACUCUAAGGUUGCAUUCAAUAGCUUCAAUCCUUUUAAGGCAAACUAUGAAACAUAGUAAAAUUGAUGGCUACGACAUGUACCCCAAGACUUGGGUCCUUAUAAAUACGUGGGCGAUGGGGAGAAAUCCAGAGUAUUGGCCAAAUCCCGAAGAAUUCUUACCAGAACGGUUUGAAGAUAGCACCACUGAUUUUACCAGAAAUCAAAACUUUGAGUACUUACCUUUUGGGGGAGGUCGAAGGGUUUGCCCUGGUUUGAAUACCGGAAUCGUUUUAGUAGAGCUUGUACUCGCCAAUAUAUUGUGCUCAUUCGAUUGGGAAUUGCCAAAAGGAUUGAAGAGGGAAGACUUAAACAGCAAGGAGGAGUACUUAGCAGCCCUUGGGAGUAGACAUCCACUUGAGCUUGUACCCAUAAAGCAUGUAGUUAAGAUAUCUGAUCAUUGA